AUGGCCUUCGUGCGGCCUCUCUUAGACCCUUCACCUCGGCCGCCGCCGGUGCCAGGCUCGCUCCCGCCUCCGUCGGCGGAUCUUCCCAGGCCCAUCGCGGAGCCUCCCAUCGGUUCAGACCUCAGCCAGAACCCUUUCGACUCAUCCUCUCGCCUCUCCAAUGCCUCUGCUCGCCUUCGGGUGGACUACAACUCCGGCGACCGGGUUCUUUUCCCGGAGCCGGGCAGCGCCGACAGCUUCCGUCGCGUCUCCGGCUCCAGAACCGCCGUGCGGCAUGGCUCUGGCGCCGAGUCCGACAGAUUCGGCGUCGCCUCCCUGAGGGAAAUCUCCGAUGAGGACGCCCGAUUCGUCUACAUCGGCGACCCCGCACGGACCAACGAGCGGUUUCAGUUCACCGGAAAUUCUAUCCGCACGGGGAAGUACUCUGUCUUCACCUUCAUCCCUCGCAAUCUCUUCGAGCAGUUCCACCGGGUGGCCUACAUCUAUUUCCUCAUCAUCGCCAUCCUAAAUCAGCUCCCCCAGCUCGCCGUCUUCAGUCGGGAGGCUUCGAUCAUGCCUCUCGCUUUCGUUCUCCUCGUUACCGCUGUCAAGGAUGGGUACGAAGAUUGGCGCCGGCACCGUGCCGACCGCAUAGAGAACAACCGGACAGCCUAUGUGCUCUCCGACGGCGAGUUCGGUCCCAAGCUAUGGAAGGAUGUGCGAGUGGGGGAGAUCAUUAGGGUUCGAUCCAACGAGAGCCUCCCUUGCGACAUGGUCCUCCUGUCCACCAGCGAUCCCACCGGCGUAGCCUAUGUGCAGACUAUCAAUCUGGAUGGGGAAUCCAAUUUGAAGACAAGGUAUGCUAAGCAGGAAACCCUAUCGAAGGUGCCCGAGAAGGAUCCGGUGACUGGUGUCAUCAGGUGCGAGCAACCCAAUCGGAACAUCUAUGGAUUUCAUGCAAACAUGGAUAUCCAAGGCAAGAAGGUUUCUCUCGGGGCUUCCAACAUCGUGCUGCGCGGAUGCGAGAUCAAGAACACAGCGUGGGUGGUGGGAGUUGCUGUGUACGCCGGGAGGGAGACGAAGGUCAUGCUUAACAGUUCUGGAGCCCCUUCCAAGAGGAGCCGGCUGGAGACGCACAUGAACCGGGAGACGAUGCUCCUGGCCUUCAUCCUGGUCGCCAUGUGUUCCAUCGUUUCCAUCUUCGCUGGCAUCUGGUUGAGGAACCACAAGGAUGAGCUCGACUACUCGCCCUACUUCAGGAAGAAGGACUUCUCAGAAAAAGAAGAGGAAAACUACAAUUACGAUGGAAUCGGGGCGGAGGUGGCCUACAGGUUCCUCAUGUCGAUCAUUGUGUUCCAGAUCAUGAUCCCAAUCUCUCUGUACAUCUCCAUGGAGCUGGUCCGACUGGGACAGGCCUAUUUGAUGAUCCAGGACAGGAAUCUAUUCGACGAAACUACCAACUCUCGACUUCAGUGCAGGGCUCUGAACAUCAACGAGGAUCUCGGGCAGAUCAAGUACGUGUUCUCGGACAAGACCGGGACCUUGACACAGAACAAGAUGGAGUUCCAGUGCGCAAGCAUAAGCGGGGUCGAUUACCAGGCUGAGAUGGAUCCUCUCUCAGCUGACCACGCAGAUUGCUCUGUAAGAGGUAAUUACUGUGCACUACUCUUGGACAUGGUACUCUGGGCAUGCCGAUUACAUCAUAAAAGAGGCAAUGCCAUUGACUUCUUUUUUUUGUGUGUGCAGUGGGCGAUCAGUUCUGGAGGCCAAAAAUGAGGGUAAAUGUUAAUACUGAUCUGGUCAAAUUGCUUAGAAGCGGCCAUGGCAGAGAAGAGAGGAAGUAUGUUUAUGACUUCUUCCUUGCUCUCUCGGCUUGCAACACCAUUGUCCCCAUCGUUGUGGAUACCGCAGACGAGAACUCCAAGCUGAUCGAUUACCAAGGAGAGUCUCCAGAUGAGCAGGCCUUGGUUUAUGCAGCUGCAGCCUAUGGCUUUGUGCUCGUAGAACGGACAUCAGGCCACAUAGUGGUCGAUAUUCUGGGAAACAGACAGAGGUAGUGCUCGUCACCCAUCAAACCAAUUAAAAACUUCGUUAAUUCUCAAUUGAUGCUUCAUCUUUCGCUGCGACUAGUAUCAUCACUUAUAUUUGCCCACGGCUCUUCCAUGGGUGAUGUAGGGUCAUACAUGUUUCAGAUUGAUUCUAUCUUCGUUGCCCUUUGACAUUUAUUAUGGCCAUUCGGGAGCAUUUGCGAACGCUGUGACGAUUAUCACUUUUCUUUGUUGGGGGGAUUCAUUAUUAGCGCGCCAUCAUAUCAUUUGACAGAGAAGAGGCCUCCACGGCUUUUCCCGAGUAAGCCAUUCUUAUGAAUCUUUGCAUGGUGUGUGGACAGGUUUGAUAUCUUGGGACUCCACGAAUUCGACAGCGAUCGCAAGAGAAUGUCAGUCAUUGUUGGCUGUCCCGACAAGACGGUGAAGCUCUUUGUGAAGGGCGCAGACAAUUCGAUGCUCGGCGUGCUUGAAGAAUCCCUCGACUUGGACGUUGUUCAGGCGACCAAGAACCACCUCCACGCCUACUCGUCACUGGGUCUGAGGACACUGGUGGUCGGCAUCCGGGAGUUGACCGGCGGUGAGUUUCAUGAGUGGAAGUCCUCCUAUGAGAGGGCCAGCACAACCUUGUUUGGUCGGUCAAAGGCUCUGCGACUAGUGGCAUCUAAUGUAGAGAGCCACCUGCACAUACUGGGAGCUUCGGGAAUCGAGGACAAGCUGCAGGAUGGGGUCCCCGAGGCCAUAGAAUCCUUGAGGGAAGCAGGGAUAAAAGUAUGGGUCUUGACCGGAGACAAGCAAGAGACCGCCAUCUCUAUCGGCUUUUCUUGUAAACUUCUGACGACCAACAUGGAUCAGAUAGUCAUAAAUAGCCAUUCCAAGGAAGCCUGCCGAAGGAGCCUCGAAGAUGCCAUGGCGAUGUCCAGGAAACAUCUCCAGAUGGUCCAUGAUGCUGGGCGGAUCUCUCUGGCCCUGAUCAUUGAUGGGACCAGCCUCGUCCAUAUUCUUGAGAACGAACUGGAGGAAGAGGUAUGACUUCUCCCAGUCUUGGAGAUGUACUCUUCCUCUUGUUGAUCCCCUGUACUUCAUUAAUUUCUUGCGUCUUGUUGUGUGCGGCAGCUCUUCAAAGUAGCCACAGCCUGCGACGUGGUGCUGUGUUGCCGGGUCGCUCCAUUGCAGAAGGCUGGGAUCGUCUCCUUGAUAAAGUCCAGAACUGAGGACAUGACUCUUGCCAUUGGAGACGGUAGGUUGAGUUUUUCUACCUUCGGAAAUUUUAAGGCCGUCUGUCAGGUCUAAUAGAUCCGUGGGAACUGCUACUUCCAGGUGCAAAUGACGUCUCGAUGAUCCAGAUGGCCGACGUUGGUAUUGGGAUCAGUGGCCAGGAGGGGCGCCAAGCUGUGAUGGCCUCAGACUUCGCCAUGGGCCAGUUCAGGUUUCUGGUGCCUCUCCUCUUGGUCCAUGGCCAUUGGAAUUAUCAGCGCAUGUCAUACAUGAUCGUCUACAACUUCUACCGGAACGCAGUGUUCGUCUUCGUGCUAUUCUGGUGAGAGAAGAUAUUCUUUCAGAAUCACUCACAUCAGUAAUUUUUAUCAAAAUCUCCCACUCGUACCUUCUCAUGGUAUCAUCCAAGUAUUGAUGAGGGGGUUUGAUGGCCUUUGCAGGUACAUUCUCUACACGGGUUUCAGUUUGAGCACAGCAAUUACUGAAUGGAGCAGCGUCUUGUACUCCAUCAUCUACACUGCCCUUCCCACCAUUGUCGUCGGCAUUCUCGACAAGGAUCUGAGCAGGAAGACACUCUUGAAGUAUCCCCAACUCUACGGAGCAGGGCAGAGAGAGGAAGGCUACAACCUGAACGUGUUCUUGCUGACCAUGGUGGACACAAUCUGGCAGAGCGCCGCCAUCUACUUCAUCCCCUACCUGGCCUACAGGAACAGCACCGUGGACGGGUCGAGCAUCGGAAACAUUUGGACUCUCGGGGUGGUCAUCCUGGUGAACGUCCAUCUGGCCAUGGACUUAUUCCGGUGGACUUGGAUCUCACAUGUGGUGAUAUGGGGCUGCAUUGUUGCGACCUGGAUCUGCGUGAUCGUUAUAGACUCCCUCCCUUUCUUGCCCGGCUUCUGGUAAUCCCACAUCCCAUCCCUGAUUACAUAAAGAACAGGCCCUGCUCGCCCUCCUUGCGAAUCUCUUCUAACUGAUUUCCUUUCCAUUGCAGGGCGAUCUAUCAUGUGAUGGGCACAGCCUUGUUCUGGCUGUGCUUGCUGGGUAUCCUGGUGGUGGGGAUGAUUCCUCGGUUUGCUCUGAAGUCGUUCCGCGGGUACUUCUUCCCCAGCGACAUCCGCAUCGGCAGGGAGCUGGAGAAGGCCGGGGGCUACUACGAAGCCGUCGCCGGCUCUAUUGAGAUGAGACCCGUCGUCGGCGCCGGCGGCGCCCGGUCGUGA